GGUGCGACUGCAGUAAUCUUGCAGCGACAUCAUGGCUGGUUCGGCGAUGAGAGCUGCUCCUAGCUUCUGCCUAGGGGAGGACACGCUGUAUGUCUCCAUGAAUUUACACAAGUUGAACAGGGAAAGGCUUUGCCAACGCCUGAGAUCGAGUGGGAAGGUUGCUCCUGGAUCGUGGGUGGUUCUGCAAGGGGGUGAGUCUACCACGCGCUACUGCUCUGAUCAUGAACCUUUAUUUCGACAGGAGUCGUAUUUCCACUGGGCAUUCGGGGUUCUGGAGCCAGACUGUUAUGGAGCUAUUGAGGUUGAUACCUGUGUGACUAUCCUGUUUGUACCAAAACUUCCUGAAUCCUAUGCAGUGUGGAUGGGAAAGCUUCAGGGAUUGGAGCAGUUCAAGACUAAAUACAGUGUAGAUACGGUGCAUUACAUUGAUGAUAUUAGCAGUGUACUUGCUAGCAAGACCCCUUCCUGUCUGCUCACUCUCCAUGGCCUAAACACAGACAGCGGUAAAAUGUCCAGGUAA